GGCACGGCUAAUUUAGAGGAAGUAAAUUUUAUGGGCGGGUAUUGCAAAGAUUGCUACCGGGAUCUCGAAACACAGAUAAACAUAUUUUUAAAUAUGACCUCCAUAGAAGAAGACUUUCCUCGAGGAGGAUCCCAGAAAAAAUCAUUUGGUGAUAAACCAGUGAAGAGAUCUAUAGAACAUGACAAUUUGUUUGAGGUGCACUAUGAUGAAGUUAAGAAAAGAAGAAACAAAGAAGAUAAAGAAAAGCCAAAAAAGCAGAAGACUGAGAAUUCGACUGUACUCAAGCUGAACACUUUGGAAAAUUCAGAAAUACUCACUUUUCAGAAACUAACUGUAGGAACUUUGAUACUUGGCUGUGUGAAGGAAGUGACCGACUUUGAGCUGGUCAUCAGUUUGCCAAAUGGACUUCUAGGAUAUGUACAGUUGACCAACAUUUCUGAGGCAUACAGCAAAAUCCUUAAUGAGCAAGUGGAAGCAGAAGAACUGCUGGAGGAUGUUUCUGCUCUGUCAGAGCUGUACGUUCCUGGAAUGGUGGUGAGGUGUGCCGUAAUUGAGUUAGGAAUGACCAGAGGAGGCCACCAUAGCAUCAAACUAUCACUGAAUCCAAAGGAGGUCAAUAAGGCAUUGACUGCUAGUGCUUUGCAAUCUGGAAUGCUAUUGUCUGGAUGUGUUGCUAGCGUGGAGGAUCAUGGUUAUCUAAUUGAUAUUGGUGUAAGCAGUGUUUCAGCAUUUCUUCCUCGCCAAAAAGCACAAGGCUACAUUAAAUAUAAUAAUGGAGGAGCAGAGUUGAAGGUUGGCCAGUACCUGAACUGCCUAGUUGAGGAGGUGAAGAAUAAUGGGAGGAUUGUUCGUCUGUCCAUUGAUCAUUCAGAUGUUGUCAAAGCAUAUGCAACAGAGGACCAAAACUGGACCCUAAGUAAUUUGCUUCCUGGACUGAGAGUGAAAGCACAGAUACAGUCGGUGACUUUUCAUGGUGCAGUUUUGCAGUUCCUGAGCUCCUACACGGGCUCAGUAGACUUUAUGCACCUGGAUCCAGAGAAGGUGGGACAGUAUCACGAAGGACAGAAUGUUAAAGCCUGCAUCUUGUAUAUCCAUCCGUCAUCUAAGACAGUAGGAAUGAGCUUGCGAAAAUGCCUCCUUAAUCCUUGUACCCAACUUUCAAAGGUGUCUGGUGAACGUAUUGGUGAAGUGGUAGAGAAAUGUACAGUGAGAGGAUUCCAUGGCAAAAUUGGUGCGCUGUUUGAAUUCAGUGAUGGGACCCUGGCUUUUGCACAUAAACACAGUCUUUCUGAAUCAAAGCAGACUUUUCACCCUGGGAAUUUUGCUAAAGGCAGACAGCAUUGCUGUAGAGUCACUGAUUUUAGUCCAAUGGAUGAAGUACUUCUUGUAUCUCUUAAAAAGUGAGUCUUUAUUUUACAGUCAAGCAUAUUAUCUGUACAAGACCAUUACCCUGGCUCAUGAAUGGAUGGCAAAGUGACUGCACUUGAACAGUACGGGAUGCAAGUGAAAGUAACUGACCACAUUGGUGGAUUUGUACCACGAUUGCACCUUUCUGACAUUAUCCUGAAGCACCCAGAGAAGAAGUACAGUGUGGAUGAUGAGAUAAUGUGCAGAGUUUUGGCAGUCGUUCCUGAGAAGAAGAAACUGAUCUUAACCAGGAAAAAAACACUUGUUGAAUCUGAGUUGCCUGUUAUUACCAACUACUAUGAUGCCAAACCUGGUAUUACUUGCCAUGGACAUAUUGUAUGUGUGAAGGAUUUUGGCUGCAUUGUUCGUUUUUACAAUGAUGUAAAGGGACUGGUUCCCCGGCAGGAACUGAGCUCUGAGCCUGUAUCUUCUCCAGAAAGUGUAUUUUAUACUGGGCAAGUCGUUAAAGCAACAGUACUCAGUCAUAAUCCUGACCAGGAGAAGCUGCUGCUUUCUCUCAGAUCCAGAAGUGAUGCUGUUACUCAGGAGGUGGAGAAAGAACAAGUUUCUAAGAGAAGUGGUAUGGAAUUUCAGUUUGAAGUUGGAAAGAUUGUGAAAGCAGAAGUAUUGGCAAAGACUGAUUCAGGUUUGGAGGUCUCCAUCUUGCCCAGUAAAACGGCUGCUUUCUUGCCAACAGUGCAUUUGUCUGAUCACAUGACCAACUGCCAUCUUCUUUGGAAGUCUUUUCAGAAGGGAGAUAUUAUCUCUGGGGCAAUAUGUCUGUACCAAAACAGGUCUGGCAUUAUACUCAGUAAAAAGCCUGCUUUGAUAAAGGCUGUGCAAGAUGGACAACCAGGCAAGGAAUUUGAUGAAAUUCAGUGUGGAAUGGUGCUCAGAGGUUUUGUAAAAAACAUUAUGCCAUAUGGAGUGUUUGUGGAAUUCCCAUAUGGAAUUGUAGGACUGGCACCAAAAGCUGCUAUGAGUGAUAAAUUUGUAACAGACACUAAUGACCAUUUUGAGUUGGGUCAAACUGUGGUUGCCAAAAUAACUGAGACUGACAAUGAGAAGCGACGAGUACUGCUUACACUGAAAGUGUCUGAAUGCAGCUCCGGGGAUAUUGGCGAGGAGAGUAUCGGUCUGCUGCAACAGUAUUUCCAGGAACUCCAAGAGGUUCGUGUCAGAAUGGCCAAACAAGAGCCAACACAGAAUCUUUCUAAAUUGCUCCUUGGACAGAAACUAAAAUUAACUGUUAAGGAAGUCGGAAAGGAUGGAACAGCUCAUUUCCGUGGUGACCAGGUUGUGGGUGCAACAGUACUUGCUAACAGUUACCAUCUGGGAGGUAAACAACUUGUGCCUGGUGAGAAAGCUACUGUGUCAGUUUUGUACAUAGAGUUCCUGACACUUGAAGUUUAUGUAUCGCUUCGUCAAGAGCUGAUAACUACAAAAGGCAAACCAGUCAAAGCAAAUGCCCAUCAUUUGGCAGUUGUUCAGCAUGUAGCACCGAAUAUGGUCAUUGUUGCUGUUUCUGGAACUGGCCACUUGGCAGCUGUACCUGUAGCCUCUCACUUGAAUGAUACAUUCCACUUUGAGUCAGAGAAGUUGUCUGUUGGACAGUCCUUGUUUGUGACACUGAAAACAGCAAGCACAGAUGACUAUGGCGUUUUGUUAGCUGCGAAGGGUUUUAAAAAAGUGAGGCCUACAAAUAGAGAGCACAAGCAGUCAGAGUCCAGUGAAGAUUUACUUAUUGGUGUAAAGCACACUCUGUGUGUGGGAGACCUUGUUACUGGUACUGUCAAAUCUAUAAAAGCUACUAGGAUUUCUGUUUCUCUUGGUGAUGGAAUUGUAGGCUCUGUCCACACAUCUGAAAUCUUUGAUCAAGUCUCUCUGAAUGCAGUUCCAACAUCAACCUUUAAAGUAGGGCAGAAAGUAACUGCGAGAGUAAUUGGUGGAAGAGAGAUAAAGACUAACAGAUACCUUCCAAUUACACAUCCACACUUUGUGAUAUCCGUGCCUGAACUCACAUUAAAACCAAGUAAACUCCAAGGAAAUUACACCUCAGACUGGACUUUACAGAGCAGUGGCAAUCUCUCAGAGCAAAUUCAUUCUUACCAAGCAGGGCAAACCCUUCCCUGUUUUGUCUUCAAGUACAAUACAGUGAAAAAGUGUCUAGAAGUGGACAUUAAUGGUGAUUUAAAAGGAAGGGUUGAGCUUCUGUUGAUGUCAUUAAAUGAACAGGGUGUGCAGAAUCCAGAAAAGCUUUAUAAACAGGGUCAAGUUUUGGCUGCAACUGUGAUUGGUCCUGACUUAACAGAUACCAAGCUGACUAUCUCACUCACAGGUGUUUACAGCCUUUCCCCUGGGGCCGUUGUAUUGGGGAUAGUGAAGAAGGUGACUUCAAAUGUUGGUUUGGUGCUAACAUUACCAUUUGGUCAGACUGGUGUAGCCAGCAUUUUUGAUUUAAAUGACUCAUAUCGACCCUAUCCAUUGAAGAAGUUGGCUGUAGAUCGUAUUGUCAGAUGCUGUGUAAUUUCAGAAAAAGAUAACAUAAUACAUGUGUCUCUUCGACCAUCCAGGCUAAAUCCCGGCAGAGAGUGUAAAGUGAAAGAUGCUGAAAUUGCAUCUAUUGAAGACCUUAAAGAAGGACAGCUUGUUCGAGGUUACGUGACAUCUGUUACUGAUGCAGGAGUUUUUGUGAGCUUGUCUGAGUCUGUCAAAGGACGGGUUUUGUACCAGCAUGUCACAGAAUAUUUCGUAAAAGAUUUUGACAUGUUGAAAAAGAUCAUUCCUGUUGGAAAACUUGUCACAGCUAAAGUAUUAAGGAUAAAUAGAAAACAAAAUAAAGUGAGACUGUCUCUUCUUCCUGGGGAUACUGGAAAACCAGACUUCCUUCCAAGUACCACGAACCUACCCCUCAGACACAAAGUAGAAAUAGAAGAGAUGGAAGAACGUUUGAAAGAAAAAGCUGUACGAAAGAGAGAGAAUUCAGAAAAUGAACAGGAAGGUACACCGAAGAAGAAGAAGAAAUUCAGAUCUUUAGAUGAGGAAGACAGUGGCAUUGAUAUUUAUUGUCGUGAGCAAGAGAACAGUGAAGAAAAACCCAAGAAAUCCCAGGUGAAAAAGAAAAAAGCAGAAGUUCCCAGACUCCAGGUGCCAUGUGGGUUCACAUGGGAUGUCAGUUUGAGUACACUUGGUGUAACACUUCAGGGACAAGAAAAAGACAGUACAUCAGACAGCAGCGAUGAGGAAGAAACCAAGUUAAAGACUACUAAAAAAGAGAAGGAGGCAAAAAAACGACAGUUGGAGAAGGAACUAUGCAAGGCAGAAACAGCUUUGAUGGACCCAACACGGCAACCCCAAACAGCAGAUGACUUUGACCGAUUGGUGCUUGGCUCUCCUAAUAGCUCCAUAAUUUGGUUACAGUAUAUGGCAUUCCACCUACAUGCCACAGAAAUAGAGAAGGCAAGAGGUGUUGCUGAGAGAGCCCUCAAGACCAUUUCUUUCAGAGAGGAGCAAGAAAAGAUGAAUGUGUGGGUAGCCCUGUUAAAUCUGGAGAACAUGUAUGGAACUGAAGAGACACUGACAAAAGUGUUUGAAAGGGCCGUACAAUACAAUGAUCCUUUAAAGGUGCAUCAGAAGUUGGCGGAUAUCUACACCAAGUGUGACAAACAUAAGCAAGCUGAUGAACUGUAUAAUACAAUGCUAAAACGCUUCCGCCAGUCAAAGGAUGUGUGGCUGGGUUAUGCUACAUUCCUGAUGAAACAAGGACAAGCUGAGGCUACUCACAGACUUUUACAGCGAGCUCUCAAGUGCCUGCCAGACAAAGAGCAUGUUGACACAAUUGUGAAGUUUGCUCAGCUGGAAUUCCGCUUUGGGGAUAGCGAACGUGCCAAGAGCAUGUUUGAGUCCACGCUUGAUAACUACCCCAAACGUACAGAUUUGUGGUCAAUAUACAUCGACAUGGUAAUAAAGCAUGGCACUCAGAAAGAAGUACGAGAUAUCUUUGAACGAGUCAUUCACCUUAACUUGUCACCAAAGCGAAUGAAAUUUUUCUUCAAACGUUAUUUGGAUUAUGAGAAACAGCAUGGCUCAAAAGAGAGUAUACGCGUAGUGAAGGAAAAAGCUUUGGAGUAUGUAGAAGGAAAAUGCUCUCUUGUAGAGAGCUGAGUGACAGGGAAGAGAGAGACUUUGCCAUGAAUGAACUUGUACAGUAUCUCAGCUGCCAAAUAACUUCAAAAAGUUUUGUAUAUCAAAAUUACAAGAAGAGAAAAUUUUAUGUUUUUCUAGGAAUUGUGAUUCACUGAUUGGCUUUUUUAAUGGAAGUGCUCAUUAAAUAUUCCUUCACAAUUAUUGUGAGGGAGAAAAGAUCAAGA